AAAAAAAGAAAAACGUUGUACGUACUAUGAUUGUGACUGCAGCCCCCUUAUCUUACCUGCAAUUAUUGGCUAGCUUGAGGCUGAGGCAUCAAACAGAUGGCUGCUUAAUUAGACCACCCACUCCAAAUAUCUGAGCCUAGCGUUUAGGAAGAUAUUUCCAUUCUCCAGUAACAACAUACAAGGUAAAGCACAAAACGAAACAAAAUGGCAUUGGCCCCGCAGAAGCUGAAAGGUAAAGUGGCCAUAGUAACGGGUGGUGCCAGCGGAAUUGGGGAAGCAACAGUACGCCUUUUUGCCCAACAUGGCGCACGUGCAGUCGUCAUCGCUGACAUCCAAGAUGAGAAGGGUAGAGGAGUAGCGCAAUCCAUCCCAUUACAGAUUUGCAGCUACGUGCAAUGCGACGUGAGUGAUGAAAAUCAAGUAAAAGCGAUGGUGGAUUGGACGGUUCAGAAAUACGGUCAGCUCGACAUCAUGUUCAGUAACGCAGGAAUCGUUGGCAAUUCGGGUCAAAAGGUACUCGAUCUGGAUCUUUCCGAAUUCGACCGGGUGAUAAAUGUCAACGCUCGAGGCAUGGCGGCGUGUGUGAAGCACGCAGCUCGAGCCAUGGUGGAGAAGCGUGUUAGAGGGAGCAUAAUUUGUACAGGCAGUAUUGCGGCAAGCAGGGGAGGACACUGGCGGACUGAUUACAUAAUGUCGAAACACGCUGUGUUAGGACUAGUGAGAUCAGCUUCUAGGCAAUUGGGUGAGUACGGAAUAAGAGUGAAUAGUAUUUCACCAUCGGCAGUGAUGACGCCAUUGAUGAUCAGUGCGGAAGCGGAGGCAUCACUGAAGGUUCUGAAAAUGUAUGGGCCGCUGACUAGUUUGAAGGGUAUUACACUGACGGUGAAGCACUUGGCGGAUGCAGCUCUGUUUCUAGCUUCCGAUGAUUCUGUUUUUGUGAGUGGACAUGAUUUGUCGGUGGAUGGUGGCUUGAUCAGUCUUCCAGAUCCAAUGAGUUCAUUGUGAAACAGAGAGAACCAAUGUAAUAGUCUCAUUACAGUAUUUGCUUAUAUUCCGGAGAUAAUGUAACUCUUUUCUUACACUCUUGUUUGAAUGGUUGUUACGUUUGUUUCAUAAUAUAUUGUAUCAUAUUA